AGGAAGAAGAGCGCAGUGCCGUAACGACCGCCGCCGGACGCGUGUGCGACUUUGGCGCGAGAACUUUGUUUGGCUUUCGAUUUUUUUUUUUGUUUACGAACCGCGUCCAGCCCUUAUUUUCGAGGAUAAUUUUGCCGGACUCAAUUCGUCCGUAGACGUGUAAUAUUAUACAUUGAGUUGUACUUCAUUCUUUAUAUUUUACGCGCCCCUGGCGAUCCGGCGCUUACGACCACCGGCGGCGUGUGCCCCCGUGGGGCCGGCUCGGAUAUCCGCGAACGGAUUUCACCGGAGACGAAAGCCAAUCGGAACCGUAAUAGUGACAGUAGUCGAGGUUGCGGUUAAAUUAGUAACCGGUAGCCGGCGUCAGCGGUGGUGGCGGAGGUGGUGGUGGUGGUGGUGGUGGAGGAGGAGCCAUGCGAAAACCAAAGAAAUGUCACUGUCCAUGCAAAACAUAUGUGUGUCUAUGAGCCACAUCCCAUGCAUGUUAAGUCAACGGUGGCUGCAGUGGUAGCAGUCAUAGUAUCACCGAAGAAACAUCAUAAUUUGACUGUUCUCGUGAGGAAUAAGCGGCGUAGAAAAUUGAGACAGUCGCCUGAGUAAAUAUCAAUGGGGUGGGAUAUUGGCGUGUGGGUGAUACGAUCCACGGCCGAGGUGCAUCUGGGUUCAACUGCAGACAUGAGGACGCCAUGUUAAGGUUAACAUGGUAGGUGGUCACCAGCCGCAGUCGACGGGAGGCGCCAACUGCACGGGCACUAUGAUGAACAUACUGAACAUAGACGCCGAGAACCGGGUGGUGCUGAACGUCGGCGGCAUCAGGCACGAAACCUACAAGGCCACCCUGAAGAAAAUACCCGCCACAAGAUUGAGCCGGCUGACCGAGGCGUUGGCCAACUAUGACCCGGUGCUAAAUGAAUACUUCUUCGACAGACAUCCCGGCGUGUUUGCUCAGGUCCUCAACUAUUACAGGACGGGUAAACUUCAUUACCCGACGGAUGUUUGCGGGCCGUUGUUCGAAGAGGAAUUGGAAUUUUGGGGUCUGGACGCGAACCAAGUGGAACCCUGUUGCUGGAUGACCUACACCCAGCACAGGGAUACGCAAGAAACACUCGCGGUUUUGGACCGACUGGACUUGGAUACGGAGAAGCCUAGUGACGAAGAGAUGGCUCGGAAAUUCGGUUUCGAGGAGGCAUUCUUUCAGGGUAGACUCACCUGGUGGCAGCGGUUCAAGCCCCAGUUGUGGUCCAUGUUCGACGAACCGUACUCGUCGAAUGCUGCCAAAAUAAUCGGCAUCGUGUCCGUGUUCUUCAUAUGCGUGUCGAUCCUGUCGUUUUGCCUGAAAACGCACCCGAACAUGCGGGUGCCGAUCAUCAAGAACAUCACGGUGAACACUUCGCACAACACGACCGCCUGGGUGCUGGACAAGACGCAGACGAAUGCGCACGAGGCGUUCUUCUACAUAGAGUGCGUGUGCAACGCAUGGUUCACGUUCGAGAUCCUAGUGCGAUUCAUCGCCUCGCCGAACAAGUGUGAGUUCGUCAAGGCGUCAGUGAACAUCAUCGACUACAUAGCCACGCUGUCGUUCUACAUCGACCUAAUACUGCAGAAAUUCGCGUCACACCUGGAAAACGCCGACAUACUCGAGUUCUUCUCAAUCAUCCGGAUCAUGCGGCUCUUCAAGCUCACCCGACACUCGUCCGGGCUGAAGAUACUGAUGCAGACGUUCCGGGCGUCCGCCAAGGAGCUGACGCUGCUGGUGUUCUUCCUGGUGCUGGGAAUCGUGAUAUUCGCCAGCUUGGUGUACUACGCUGAGCGCAUCCAAGCCAACCCGCACAACGACUUUAACAGCAUACCGCUAGGCCUGUGGUGGGCCCUGGUCACGAUGACCACUGUCGGUUACGGUGACAUGGCCCCGAAAACUUACGUGGGCAUGUUCGUCGGUGCCCUGUGCGCGCUGGCCGGUGUGCUCACCAUCGCCCUGCCCGUUCCCGUCAUCGUGUCCAACUUUGCCAUGUACUACUCGCACACACAGGCCCGGGCCAAGCUGCCCAAGAAGCGGCGCCGGGUGCUGCCCGUCGAACAGCCCCGUGGGCCCCGGCUACCUGGCCAGGGCCCGCCGCCCCAGCAACAGAUGAACCAGCCUGGAUGCGGCAUGGGUGGUAUCGGCGUCGGUGGCGGUGGUCACGGGCCGUGCGCCGGCGUCGGCGGUCUGCCGCCAAACGUGGCCGGAGCGCCGGUCAACACGACGGGCGUGCCGGCCGUCAACCGGCGGAUGAACGCCAUCAAGAGCAAUCAUCCCAAAGACGGGGCGGGACCCAAAGUCGUUGGCGUUUCAAUGACGUUGAACCCGAACGGCGUGGGAGUAAAAGCCGAACCAGUGAUGGCGACGGGUGUUGUCGGCGUCGGCGGUCCGAGGAAACAGUCGGCCACGAAGACGUGAAUGACUACGACGGAAAAUUGCGGCGACGGCCGUGGCAGCGGAACGUUUAUUCUAAAAUACGAGUGAAAAUCGAGGAUCAAAAUCGUUUAUUAUUUUUCGUUUUUAAGUUUCAUUGUUUUACCCGACAAGACAACAAAAAAUACACUCCCGUUACGAUAUUAUUAUAAUAUGUAUUAUGAUAUUGUAAUUUGUAUUCCGAGUGUUAUUAUUAUUACUAUACGACGGCAUCAGUAGGUAUAUUAAUUAUUUAUAAUAUAGUAUUAUAAUAUUAUUAUUGUUAUUAUUAUUAUUAUUAUUAUUAUUAUUAUUAUUAACCUUAGAUAAACUCCAGUCCUGUCAUGAUGUACAAAUUUAUCUAUUAAUACUAUUAAACUGCACGCACACACAAAAAAAAACGACCAAAACACGACCAAGUAAUGUGUAUGCAUUAAUUUCCGACCAAAGAUCCACGACAUUCGAAGGUAUCUAUACAUGGGCAGCAGCCACUAUAUAUUUAGUAUAAUAUUAUAUUUGCGCCCUCUCUCAUCGUCAUCGUUAAAAUAAUAAUAUUAUAAUAAAGCCCUCUCGUUGCUAAAAUUGUAUUGGCAUCGAGUAACACGUGGUGUAAAUAUUUGAUUUUUGAUUUUUUUUUUUUACACAGCAUUUCGUUUUUGUUAACGGUUUCCUCAUAUUAUUGUUAAAAUUAAUUUAUAUUAUCGAGAUUAGCAAAUCUCGUCACUCCCAGAAACCAUGGUCAUUCGGCUGUACCUUUAUAAUAUUAUGAUACGUACGGGGUAAUUUUUUUUUCAACGUGAGACACUCAUAAAACGUCACAUUGUUUUUUUAACUAUAUAUAAACGGUUAUAAGUAAGUAUUUAUAUCUGCGACUUAAAAAAUUAAAUUUUUUAUCUUACCUAUAAUAUUAUAAUAUACCUACAUACCCACAAAAUAUUAUUAUUUAUUAUAUAAAUUCGUUUAGAUUUUGUACUUUUUUUAAAAUUUAGUGGUUAUCCCUCGCUACUUUUGCACUCGUCUAUAAGUUAGUAUCUAAACUGUAUAAACAACUAACUAUUGGUACACGUAUAGGUACCUAUAAUUUUAAUAUUAAAAAAUAUGUAUUCCUUGUCAGGAGAAUUAUAUUCUUCUCCAGAAUAUGAAAUUAAUAUAACAAGAACAUAUUGAUAUGAUAAAAAAAUAAGUUAAUAAAUAUAGAUAAUAAUAUGAUAUAACCUACUUUAAAUUAAAAGCUAUUUUUUACAAACAGUGUCUGGCGUCGCAAAAAAUUCUCCUCGUACAUGUAUUUAUAUAUUGUGAUAUUAGAUAGCUAAAUAUUCGUGACGAAUGUGUCUUUGAUUAUAGUUGAAGUGGACUUAUAUAUUAUAUUGGCCAUCAUCGAUGGUGGUGUGACCUGUACCCAAAGUCCCAAAACAAUAUUAUAAUAUACGUAUGUACUAUAUAUAAUAUUAUGUGUAUAAUUUAUAAUAUAUUAUGCGCGUCGUUGAAUACGAAACAGCUGAACAAACCAAUAAUAAUAGAUUUUUUUUUUUUUUUGAUUGAAAAUAUCCUUAUUGUGGGAUUUGUACGGUUUUACAGAGAAAAAUUUGCUCACUUUUAAAAAAUAAUAAUAAAAUAUAAAAUAAAUAAUAGACUAUAAUAUUAUAUUAUAUAAAAAUGUGUUGCACAGAAUUAU